AUGAUGAGUGAUCGCAAGACCAAUGUAAAACUGAGUGACAUCAGUGAAGAGAUGCAAAACGAUGCACUCCUGGUAGCUGCCCGCGCCGUGAAGGAACAUCAACUUGAGCGAGAUAUUGCUGCGCACAUCAAAAAAGAGUUUGAUAAGCGUCACAAUCCCACGUGGCAGUGCAUUGCCGGCCGAAACUUUGGCGCUGAUGUCGUGCACGAGAGCAAGCACUUCAUUUAUUUCUACGUUGGUCAGAUUUCCAUUCUCCUGUGGAAAACAGGUUGA